AUGUUCCAGGAGACCUUGUUAAGGGAGGCUUUGAGUUGGUUCUACGAAUUGCCGGCCGGUUCUGUAAGGAACUUCAAGGAACUAGCUGACAAGUUUGUAGCUCGAUUCAUCUUAUGUACCGAUGGGAUACACACCCCAAAGGGCCUACUAAAGGUCCAGCAGGGGGAGAAUGAAACUUUGAAGUCUUUUGUUAAUCGAUGGCAGGCGGCUACCGCUAAGUGCCGAGACCUUAAUAAGGAACUGGCGGAGCUGGCUUUUAGGAGGGGCUUAAGGCGUGGAGAAUUUCUUUAUGGGAUUAAUCAUAACCCUCCGGCUAACUACGACGAGCUGAUGGCUAUGGCCAUCAGACAUGCCCAAGCUGAAUUCGAAACGUAUGGGGACACCCCCAGACUAGAGCUAAGGGUUUCCACCCCAGCCCCAGUGGUCAGGGAUGAGCCACGAAAGAGGGAGUGGGUCCAUAGUCAGGACCGGUCACCCCAUACCUCGAGACAGAGAAAAGAGUCCUCGUCCAGGUCCAACAGUUACGGGACCACUCAGCCUCACCGGGAGAAAAGGGCACAAUACGCCCCGCGAACACCACCACCACCCCGGUAUGAGGUGUUCAUUAUCCUCAACGCUUCAUACGAGACUAUUUGGAACGAGAACAAGGAUGAGAUACUUGGACCACCAUCGAGGAAGUUCCCGAAGAUUAAACUUACCCAGCAGGAUACCGGAAGGUUCUGUACAUAUCACGAGGAUGCUGGGCACAAUACCAAUCUCUGCAUGGCUUUAAAAAAUACUAUCGAAUCGCUUAUCCAGAGGGGCAAGCUUCAGCGGUACCUGCCUACAAAAGAGAUAGGAGCUAUAGACGUGUAG